UUCAGUAAAAUCCUUUACGUAUACAACAUGCCAAUUUUACCAGGUGUUAAAGACGGUAAACCACUAAAUGAAGGACAAGACACUGUUCCCAGUAUUGGUUUUGGUACCUUUACCGUCAAGUCUGGUCUUGCCCAAAUGGCAAAGGGAGGAGUCGUUAUGGAUGUGACCAACGCCGAACAAGCGAGAAUAGCCGAACAGGCUGGGGCUUGCGCCGUCAUGGCUCUCGAGAGAGUGCCGGCAGACAUCCGAAAAGAUGGUGGAGUAGCAAGAAUGUCCGAUCCGAAGAAAAUUAAAGAAAUUUGCGAGACAGUAUCAAUUCCCGUAAUGGCGAAAGCCAGAAUUGGACACUUUGCGGAAGCUCAAAUAUUAGAAGCCUUGGGAGUUGACAUGGUUGACGAAUCAGAAGUGUUAACUCAGGCCGAUUACGAAAAUCAUAUCGAUAAAAGGCAAUUUAAAAUACCUUUCGUUUGCGGAGCAAGAAAUUUAGGCGAAGCUCUGAGGAGAAUUGCCGAAGGAGCAGCAAUGAUAAGAACGAAGGGUGAAGCGGGAACUGGAAAUGUUGUUGAGGCUGUUAAGCACGCUAGAACAAUUAAAAGACAAAUUAACUUUGGAAAAUCUAUGGACGAAGAAGAGUUAUAUUCUUACGCUAAAGAACUACAGGUUCCCUAUGAUCUGCUAGUUAAAACUGUUGAAAUGGGUAGACUACCUAUAGUUAAUUUUGCGGCUGGCGGCUUAGCAACUCCCGCAGACGUUUCACUACUAAUGCAGUUGGGCGUCGAUGGAGUUUUCGUUGGAUCAGGUAUCUUUAAAAGUUCAAAUCCCGAAAAAAGAGCUGUCGCCAUGGUACAGGCAGUCACGCACUAUAAGGAUGCCAAAAAGAUGGCUGAAAUAAGCGAAGAUUUAGGAGAACCAAUGGUGGGAUUAAAUUGCGACGACAUUGGUGAGAAAUGGUCGCUAAAGGAAUCCUCAAGAGAUUAGAUUGUAAAGGCAAAGGAAAGAAACGCAAAAAAAAAGAGAGGAAAUAUCGUAAAUCAUAAAAAGGAAAAAAAGAAUAAAUAAAUCGCAAUGAAAAGAAAGACGCAAGUCGGCUUAUUUCUACUUUUAAUCGUAAUGGAAAAUGUGUAAAAAAAAGAUUAUUUGAAUAAAUUUCUAGUGCAUUUAUCCCUCAUCUAAAUUCUUUUACAAAUUAAUAUAUCAAUAUCUCCUACAAUAGAACCCAUGUCUUUUAAUUUUUCAUCAUAUAAUCAGAUAAUACUGUGUAUACAGAAUAGUUUAUUCCGUUCAAACACCAUUCAACUCGCCAAUAGGUGCC